GUACUGCCGCUGGAAGCUGUUUAUGUAAACAAAAAGAUUCUUAAACCAAAUGCACACGGAUUUUUAACAAGAUGACCGCCCAAAUCAUCCAGCGCACUCUACACACGGCUCGCUCCAGUCUCCUGGCCAGAGUUCCACGCCGCGCCAAUCCCGGCCUGGGUUACCAACUGCAGCAGCUGCAGGAGCACCCGGCCAAACCCAGCGAGGCUAGCGAGGAUUACGCCGAUUUGGAGUCGGAUUUCAUGGGCGUGCAGAAGAGCCAUCGGCAGUACGAAAAGGAGCAAUUGCAGCAGCGUGAUCGCAUCCGUCAGUUUAUGAUUAAGCACAAGUAUUUCCGCGAUGCCAAGAUGCCGAAUCUUUUGCUCCAUGCGGAAAAGGAGCAGAUGCGUCUGCUCCACGAACGUGAUUCAGAGGAGUGGAGUGUGGAACGCCUGGCGGAGAGUUUUCCCGCCACUCCUGAAAUUGUGCAGAAAAUUCUGCGAGCCAAGUGGAGACCGAGAACUGUGCAAAGGAUACGUUCUCAUGAUGAAACAGUCAUCCAAAAUUGGCAGUUACUUAGGACAGGAAAAGGUGACUUCAAUCUACCGCCUGCGCUGCUUCAGCAUCUCCAGAAAUUUGCCGAGCGCCGGCGACAGGAUCUGCGGGAAUUAAAGGCACAGGAUUGGCCCACAAAAUCACAAUUACCAACUCCGCAAGGCAACGAAUUCCGCCAGCUGCUGGGUAAUAGUAACUCAAAUCCGGAGAUGGAGGUGCCUCCACCACCACAACUCCCCUCUGGCUAUGAGCCACCUCCUCCUUCUGUCGCCGAAGAUGAAACCUAUCUUCUGGACAAAAUCCGGAUCAAGAAAAAGAUGAGACUGCAGGAACUUAAGCAAUCGCAGCUAGUGGAAUCAAUACCAAAGGUUCCGGAGCAGCUGCAGCGACCUCUCGAGAAUCCCAGCGGCACUGGAUUCCUGCCCAGCUUUGUGCCCAAAUUUGCUAGCAGUGAGAUUGUGAUCAGUGCUGCGGACCAGCGAAAGUACGAGAUAACCCAGGUUAAAACCCGCAUUGUUAUUCCCCGGAAACUGCGGCGCCAAGGAGCCACCUACCGCGUGGAGGAUGCCUACUACGAUGACGAUGGUGAGCUGCUCUACCGCGUGCCCGGAAUGACCGGAACUGGAGGUGGUCAAUAAUAUAAUAAUACACCUUUACACUUUUGUUUAACAAAUAUAAAGUUGUGUAAUCAA